AAAUAAUUGAAUCUUUCUCUAGUCUAGGAAUUAGGUUUUGAUACAUGUUUUUUUAUCCUGUUUUUUAGGCAGAAACGUAAGACUGAAAGCAUGGAAAGGCUUACGUCCUGGACCUCCUGGUAGCGACGACAAGCCACCAGAUGAAGUAAAGAAUAUAUUAGCCCCAGUUGUUAUCCAGGAGGAGGAAGAUGUUAAGGCUUGGAUUUGCUACCCUUCGGUAACCGUUCUCCGAGGGGAAAUAAUGACGCCAAGCUCACACUAUGACUGCAGAAUGAAAUUAAGAACCGGUAUGCUACUUACACUACAGUUUUACUAAAUGUAAGCUAUUUAAACUUAUCAUGUUUCGCUCGCUACUCUGGUUUAAAUAAAUUAUUACAAAGUCCAGUCGAAUUGUAAUCAAGACCCAACGUUUCGACACUCCAGUCUAGUGUCUUCAUCAGGGGUGAUCUAAAAUUGCAAUCGUGGCUUCUUAGAUACCCAAGGGAUUGCAGAGUAGCGAGCGAAACAUGAUUGAUACGAUGUUUAAUGAUUUGAUUUGAUUCGCUACUAUUUUACAGGUUUCUUAAAUCGCUACUAUUUUAGAGGUUUCUUUACAAUUUUCCAACAUAUAUAUGUUGGGAAAUUGAUAAUUUUGUAAUUAAAAGUGAUAUUUUUAGGCGAUUUUUCAUUUGUAAGAAUAUUCUUAAAAAAUUAUCGUGUUACCAUGGCAACUACUUUAGAUACUUCAUGUUCGGAAAAUACAAUGAUUGUGUCAGCAAGGCGAGGGUUUCUGCAUGCAUGCUAGCUACUGCAUGCAUGUAUUUUCUAGUUAUAUGUAUAAUGAUGUUUUACUGGAAACUAAAACAUCGCAGAACUUAUAGGCCGCUACAUCUGGGACCAGGUGCGCGUAUUUUCCGUAUUUCGAAAAUUUCUCGCCAUUGUCAUUGUUUUCAAAAUACAGAUGGCUUUGGUUUGUAUAUAGAAAUAUUUCUCUCGGAUUUCCCGACCAUACCGGUAAAUAAUAUUUUUUUUUUUUUUUAAUUCCUCCUCUGGAUUUUCCCAAUCACCUCUCCCGUGCACGCGAAUGAAGCUGCCAAAUAAAACAUCGUUUCCAACAAUGCUAUCGGGAAGAGUAAUAUCUUUUGUGAGGUAGUAAAAUUCGCUUUCACUGUGUUCUUCAAUGUUUUAAAAAGUACCCUUCUUUAAAUUUUGAAAAAUAAAAAUUUAAAUCUCGCGCGGUCCGUACGGGCUCAUACGGACCGCUCACUUAGCCAAUCAGAUUGCAGAAAAGCGUAAAAUAUGACUUCGGACCACAAGAAAAAAAUAAAUGGAUUUAUGUUCUCGUGUCGGAAAUAAGCAAUAUCUCACUCAUUCGCAACGCUCAUUCGUGAGAUAUUUUUUUGCCACUCGAACAUAAUAUCCAUAUCACCUCGCAACAGUCUAAUACCCUCUAUAAAUAUAUAUAUAUAUAUAUAUAUAUAUAUAUAUAUAUAUAUAUAUAUAUAUAUAUAUAUAUGAUGAUAGGAAGUAAAAUAAAUACAUAUAUAUAUAUAUAUAUAUAUAUAUAUAUAAAAGACAAGCUUGAGUUACUUCGUUUAAAACAUUUAUUCACAACAAAUUUGUUUCGUAUGGCAAGCUAGGCUUGCCACACUCAUCAGGUGAAUGGUGAUAUCGCGUAUUUACAUGAUGUAUAAAUAGGUAACUUGAGCUGUUAUAUACAAAUGAGUGUGGCAAGCCUAGCUUGCCAUACGAAACAAAUUUGUUGUGAAUAAAUGUUUUAAACGAAGUAACUCAAGCUUGUCUUUUAUUUGCUCUACUUUUGUAUCGAGCACUCUAUUCUUAUGAUUCGACACUCAAUAUACUUAUUGACAUUCGCCUAUAUAUAUAAAUAUAUAUAUAUAUAUAUAUAUAUAUAUAUAUAUAUAUAUAUAUAUAUAUAUAUAUAUAUAUAUAUAUAUAUAUAUAUAUAUAUAUAUAUAUAUAAAAUAUAUAUAUACCGGGUGGCGCAAAAAAAAGUUAACCUGUUUGAUUUAUUUUAACUUAAAAACUAAAAGAGCUAUUACACCUAAACUAUACGUGCAUUGCAUUCAGUAUUGUCUAACUUAAAUUUUAAUAUACGCCCUGUGCAAUUUCGUACAAUAUUCACCGAGAGAGCUGCGUUUAAACUUGAAUAAACAUUUUGGGAAGUGUCGAGAAUUAGCUAAAAACGGCCUGUUAAACUAAUUUGAUAACCCUUACCAUUUUAUCGUAAAUAUUCGUUUCAAUGAAGUGAAAUUUAAAUUAAAAAUGUUUAUAGGAUGGAGGUGCUCUUUUAUUUUUGUUUAAGGUCUUUGGGAAUGCAUGAAAAUUAAUUUAUGUAGCGAUUUUGAUUAAAAGAUUUAUUUUAAAUAUCCAAUGACCCUGGGGAAUCAAAUUCUGAUGUUCCAAGAAAGAAACGUCAAGUGUUUUUUUUUAUAAAUACGCCUCGUUUAACGAAUGACCAAAGAGUUUUGAUAUGUUUAGAAUAUGUAAGGGUAAAUAAUGCUCGUGAGGUUAUAUACCGGCGGCGUAGGGCAGGUCUCUGACAACGAACGUGUACUUUCUGACUAUAGUGCGUCUAAGCACAGGUUAUUGCUGUAUUAAAUAUUUGAUAGGCCGUUUUUGGCUAAUUCUCGACACAUUCAAAAAUGUUUACUCAAGUUUAAACGCAGCUCUCUCGGUCAAUAUUGCACAUAAAUGCACAGGGCGUAUAUCAAAAUUUAAGUUAGACAAUACUGAAUACAAUGCACGUAGUUUACAUGUAAUAGCUCUUUUAGCUUUGAAGUUAAAACAAAUCAAACAGGGUAAAUUUUUAUAUAUAUAUAUAUAUAUAUAUAUAUAUAUAUAUAUAUAUAUAUAUAUAUAUAUAUAUAUAUAUAUAUAUAUAUAUAUAUAUAUAAUAGAUUUAAGCAUAACCGUAUGAUGAUAUGAAGAGACCAUGCUUGAUAAGUCUAGUAUGAUGUACGACGCAAGUGAGGUCAUUUGCAUAUCAAACAUGCUGAAAUAACUGAUCGUGAAAAACGAAAUCAAAAGACAAACAUCUGGAAAAGAAGUUACUCUGUAAUAUUCUAUUGUUUUUUUCCAAUGAGACAGUAAGCUUACGCACUAAUGAGCCUAUAAUAUUUACAACAUAAAAGCCUGAUAACUUUCGAUAACUUUUUGCGAUAUUUUAAGAACGCUCAUGUUUUCUCUGCAUGCCGUCCAUAUUUUAAACUGACCCGUGUCUAAUCUGGCUGUCCGAUCUCGAAAACAGAUUUGAACACGAAACAUUUUGAUGAACAUUAGAGGAGGACACGAACCAUUUUGAUUAACAUUAGAGGAGAACUUGGUGCAUGUUCGCAUAUAAAAAAGCUUGACCCUGUCAAAUGAGCACGAAUGUCUACGGAUUUAGGUUUCAAACUGGAUACACACAGUCCACACACACACUUUUCAAUUUUGUAUCUUCCGGUAUAUAAGUCUUAAUGAGUAAUUAAAUUGUUUCUACUGAUUACUGAAGGAUAAAAAAUCUCUUAUUUCAUAUAGGCUCCCGUUUUGUGACUGACAAAGAUAGCGGUUGUCUAGAAGAAGACGCAAUUUUAUCGGACUAUCUUUCGCACUGCAAACUUGAUCAGAAAAAUGACAAUGUAACGCUGUGCUUACCUGCUAAAAAAGACCACGAAAUCCCCGAAGGCUUCGGGUGCAUUUUUUACCGCCAGGCGAAGGAAAGAAUUUUUUCCGCCACAGAUGAUGAAGAAGAGUGUUUUACUGUUAUUGUUUUCGAUGAAAAGGGAUGGGAUUCUGACGGAGUAGAUAAACGAGAACAGGAGCAGGUUUGUUGCUUCAAUUUUUAAAUGUAUCUGCGACAGCGACAUUGUCUUUUAAUCAAUUAGUCGCCCAUGUCAUUAUAAUUUUUCGCCCAUAUCACUUCCAUAAAAUGAAACAAAUUAAAACUAGCAAUCAAAUUAAGCAUACAUAUAUUACCAUAUUAUGCGUUAAAGUUCGGUGAUGAAUUACAGUAUUCAGUUCAAGUCUUCAAUUCGUCUCUGAUUUUAACAUCUUCAUUCCGUAUUGUUAUAUUUCGUAUUCAUUUGCCUAUUUUAUCGGAUGUGCAUUAAUUAAGUCGUCAUGAAAAUAUUUCAUGCACUUAAAUUGAAACACUGCGCGUCCUCUAAGACAAGCGUUGAGUCGUUAUGAAAAUAUUUCGUGCACUUAAAUUGGAUAAGACUCGCUAUCAAUCCCCGUUGACUCGAUAGCUCAAUGGGUAGAGCGGCGGUUUCGAUACCCGAAGAUGCGAGUUCAAAUCCCGCUCGAGCCUACGAAUUUUUCGUUGGUCGAUUGCAGUGUCAGAAUAAUAUGAAACUAAGUUCUUUGAAUGUUUGCAUGGCGAUAAAAUAUAAUUGUUCUUGUGUGUGGAAACACCACGUAAAUUUAUUACUGCAAUAAUAAAUUUACGUGGUAUUUCCACAAACAAAAACAAUUAAUAUGAAACUAGUUUUUCGUAUCUCUGAGGAUGGUUCUAAACUUAAUUUACUGCUUUGGUGAAUACGUGACUAGUGGUUGAUUUGCUUUCUUAAUUAAAUCAUUGCUAUAAAGAGCACAAGUUUAAUAAUAGUUUAAUAAUAGUUUAAUGUAUUUCAAAACUGGUGUAAAAGCUGUAACUUAUAAUAGAGUUGUAAAAUCAAAAACUUCGUUAGCGGUUUGACGUUUGCCGUAAACGUCAAGCUAAAUGUCUCUAUUAUUAUUUGUAAGCGUUUACCGAGAUCUUUUCCACGUCCAGAUCUGUUGAACGCGGGUAGAUUUCAAUUAAGAUGUUUCUAUUCUGUCUUCCUCCGUUUUGCAAAAUGAGUUAGAAAACGGGCUUAUUUUCAGGGUUUACGUUAUUUUAAAAUUUAAAAAUUCCGAAUCCUCUCAUAACGUAUUUAUAAAUUAGGUGCCAAAUCUUUGUAAACAAAUAAUUUCUACUCAUUUCGUUCGUAAAAUGUUCAUAACACAAGGCGCUCGGGACAAGGGCGUAUUUACGAUGUGCUUAUCCAAAUGGUAAACUUUUAUUUCUUUGAUGCAGUUUGGUAUAAGGGUUGUGAUGAAUUCGUGGUCUGAAGCACUUCUUUCACCUGAACGAGACUGGACAGUGACAGUGGACAAGCUGCAGAAAUAUAUGGAUUUUUUGUUUUCACUUAAAAAUUCUUUAUUCGAUGGCUCGUAAGUAUCCUCUGGGUCAACUGGUGUCCAAAGCUGAAAAAUAUCUCUUUGAGAUAUUCAUAUAUUGGCAGAGAAACAACAUUGUACUGGAAGAUCAAGCGAAUCGCCAAAAGAUGCCGGCAUGCAUUUUUGCAAGAAGUAUUGCUAUAUAAACAUGCCGUGCUGCAUUGUUCAGACAAUACAUGGGUACCACGAUUUUUUAAUACUAUACUAAACCUAAGUUACCUAACAUUCAAUAUGUUCUAAGGGCCUGUUCAUAUGAUCCCGCUUACCGGGACGUCUCGCUUACCGAGACGAAUAUUUCCGUGCGUUCAUAUGGAAUAUUUCGUCCCGCUUGCCGAGUGAAAUUACAUUGUAGUUCUAUAAUUAGCGUAUGCAAAACUUCUACAUUUCAGUCAAGCAACACAAAUACUUAGCCAUUUUAGUGUUUUUCUUCGUUUAUUUACAAUAAAAAGUAUUUCUUCAGGUGCAUAUUUAAUACUUGUUUACAAAACAAACAUAAAACCAAGUAAAAAGUGUUAAAUUAAACUGGCUAGACUUGUUUGACUUCAUCCCGGUAAGCGGGCUGGCGUGUUCAUAUGGAAAAUUUUUCAUCCCGCCUACCUAUGAUCUCGGCAAAUUCAAACGAGAUCUCGGCAAGCGGGCCAGCUCGCUUUCUCAUAUGAACACAAUGCAAAAUUUUAUAGGAAAAUAGAUAGGCAGCGAGAUCAUCGGUAAGCGAGACGUCCCGGUAAGCGGGAUCAUAUGAACAGGCCCUAAUUGUGUAUAUAACCCUACCUUUAAAUGUGUUUUAAUUGCAGAAUAUAAGAAAUUUUGUUAUCUUGACCCAGUGACAUGUAUUAUGACGA